CUUUUCACUGUAAUUGAGGCGUGAGACUGGAGGAGCGUGUGGAACGCGCCAAAGUUUGAGCUGGUAAAACAGAACAUCACUAUCCAUAAAGCACGAAUCACGUGAUACUGAAAAGUGCACAUCUAUCAUAGACCCAGCGAAGUCUUCGUCAAUAUUCAAUUAUAGUGGCGAUCGCGCGUCUGCAGCAAGACCUGGCCCACAGACGUUCGAGUAAACGCUCGACCAAUAGUGAUAUUGAUUAUGUCGACAGGCGGAAAGUGGACAGGGGAGGAAGGUGCGGGUGGGUGGGAUGUUAAUUUUAUCUACCCCACCGCUGGGGUUAUUGACCCCCAGAUUUUAUCUAACCUGCUGGGGUUAGGUGGGGUUGGUUACGUUGUUAAUUUGGAUGUUUGGCGCAAUCAGUUUAGUUUACUGUGAGAGUUGAAAUACUGUCAUACUCCUCUAUAAAGUGGAGCCCAUUGGAAAAAAAGUUAGACGCAGGAAUCAAUACUGUUUGAUGGGAACCUUAACUUUGUCUUCAAUACAAGUAGCCAAUGGGACUCACUUUUCGCUGUCGGCUGUCUGUCUUUCAUCAUCAGUUCUCAUCUUGUGGCUUGUGCCUUGUUUUUAUUUUUUUAUAUUUUUACCGAUUGUCAUGUGCUUUCUUUUUUUUUUUGUUUUGUUUUUAGUUUUUUUUUUCCAUUGAUUGUUCUGUGCUGUGCUGUUGGAAUUAAUGGAAGAAAUUGGAUGCGAAAUUAAGUCUUGACUCUUGAGUAUCAAGAUUCAAGACUUUCAAAUGGUAUCGAUUAUUAAUUGCAUCAAACAAGCUAUCUCUUAUAAUUUCUCGGAUUAUAUUGAUCAAGAGCCUCCUCGUUCUCAAAGAAGAAGAAGAAGAAGAAGAAGAAGAAGAAGAAGAAAACUGAUAAUUCGGGUGGCAAUAUUCUAUUGCAGAAGCAUGGAUAUUUAUUGCGAAGCUUUUCUUCUCUGCUUCUUCUUCUUCCCUUGAUUUCAUUAUUUGCAGUUCCAUUUAUCCGAUGAAAAGCUAACUGCUUUCAGAAAGAAGAUGAGCAAAACAAAUUCCAAGAAGAGGAGUUAAGAGGACACUUAAGAGGAAGCUAUGAGAAACUAGCAUCCAAUGCUUGCUUCUAGACAAAUCAUUGGCUUCUCAGUCCUAUAUAUAUUAAUAUGCAAGUUGAGGGGAUUAAGUUUUUGAGGAGGAAGCUUCCCGGUUGUUUCACAUUUUCGGAGCAAAUUAAUUGUUUAUUAAUAG